GAUGCAAGGUGUCCAAACCAAUAAACCGGUUGACAUCUCAUCUUUGUGCUUUUUCCCAAACAUUCAACUGCCCCAUAAGUUUAAAUUGCCUGAGUUUGAUAAGUACAAUGGCACUGGUUGUCCUUAUGCCCACUUAACAAUGUAUUGUAGGAAGAUGGCUCCUUAUGCCAAUGAUGAGAAGCUAAUGAUACAUUACUUUCAGGACAGUCUGACAGGUCCUGCAGAUGCUUGGUUCUCUACUAUAGACAAAAGUAAGGUCAAAAGUUGGCAUGAUUUGACUUGCAAUUUUAUGAAGCAGUAUGAAUACAAUACAUCAUUAGCUCCUAGUAGGGAGGAUCUUCAAAGGGCAGAAAAGAAACGAAGUGAGAACUUUAAGGAAUUUGCUCAGAGAUGGCGUGGAUUGGCUGCUCGAGUUCAACCUCCACUGACUGAUCAUGAAUUAAGUAAUUUAUUCAUCAAGUCGACCAAAGGACCUUAUCGUGAGAAGUUAAUAACUUGUGUGAAUUACACUUUUGCCCAGUUGGUUAUUGUGGGAGAACAAGUGGAGGAUGGAAUCAAGUCUGGAAUUAUCAUGGAUUAUCAAGCAAUGAAGAGUAUCCUUGAACAAUACCAAAAUGGUAGUUUAGGGGUUUCUAGUUCGAAGAAAGUGGGACAAAAUCAAAACAAGGAAAAUGACACUGGCACCGUUAGCUCAGUUUAUGAGACGUAUGGGAGAAAUAAUCAGCCGCGCCCUCGAGGGCAAUUCAAUAAUUCUUUCCAAGCUCCAACUUCUUAUCAACCACCAAUUUUUACAAGUCAGCCAAGGCCACUCUAUGCCUAUGGGAUCAAUCGUCUACAACAAGAAAGAGUGAGACAACAUUUCAACAAACUUCCUUUGUCAUACACUGAAGUGUUUCAACAAUUGGUAGCAGCUGGUCUUGUUACACCCGUACCUAUGGUGCCAUUAAAUCCACCAUUUCCAACAUGGUAUAACCCACAAGCAAGAUGUGAAUACCAUAGUGGAGGUGUUGGACAUGACCUUGAAAAUUGUCUUGCUUUAAAGCACCGUAUCCAAGAUCUGAUAGAUGCAGAGGAGUUACAGAUUGCAUCAGAACCAAAGGUUGUUGGUCUGAAUAUCGCUAAAAACCCCCUACCAACACAUGAUAGUUCAACAGUCAAUAUGAUCGAGAAGGAUUUUGACGAAGUUCAAGAGGUGGCUGCAGUUACUCUCACCAAUCAAGUUUCAUCAACUCCUAGACAGCUUUUAAUAUUGAAGGGACCGAUGCUUACAGUUCCACUCAAACAAGGUUGAUCUUAGAACUGUUAUUGAUGAGGGCUUAAAUAAGUGAGCAAUGGAGUUUUUUUUCCCUAUUGCUAUCAUUUUGGAAUGAAAUGUGUCUAUCUUG